CGUCACAAACCCCUCAUACAUCUCUCUCUCAAACCCUAGCACAACACACUUUCGUCGAGAGAGAGAACAUAAUGGCCGGUAAAGGCGAAGGUCCCGCUAUCGGUAUUGAUCUAGGUACUACAUACUCCUGCGUCGGUGUCUGGCAACACGAUCGUGUUGAGAUCAUUGCCAAUGACCAAGGUAACAGAACUACCCCAUCUUACGUCGCAUUUACCGAUUCCGAGAGGUUGAUCGGUGAUGCCGCCAAGAAUCAGGUCGCCAUGAACCCCACAAACACAGUUUUCGAUGCCAAACGUCUCAUCGGUAGAAGAUUCUCCGAUGCUUCGGUUCAAAGCGAUAUCAAGUUAUGGCCAUUCAAGGUGACACCCGGUCCAGCUGAGAAGCCAAUGAUUGCAGUCAACUACAAGGGUGAAGAAAAGACCUUCGCUGCUGAAGAAAUCUCAUCCAUGGUCUUAAUCAAAAUGAAGGAAAUCGCUGAAGCCUUCCUUGGUUCCACAGUCAAAAACGCCGUCGUCACAGUCCCUGCUUACUUCAACGACUCACAACGUCAAGCAACCAAGGACGCUGGUGUCAUCUCUGGACUCAAUGUCAUGCGUAUCAUCAACGAACCAACUGCUGCUGCCAUCGCUUAUGGUCUUGACAAAAAGGCAACAAGUGUUGGAGAGAAGAAUGUUCUUAUCUUCGACCUUGGAGGUGGUACUUUUGAUGUGUCCCUUUUGACCAUUGAAGAAGGUAUCUUCGAAGUUAAAGCCACAGCUGGUGACACUCAUCUUGGUGGAGAAGAUUUUGACAACAGAAUGGUCAACCAUUUCGUUCAAGAAUUCAAAAGAAAGCACAAGAAAGACAUCACCGGAAAUCCCAGAGCUUUGAGGAGACUGAGAACAUCUUGUGAAAGAGCAAAGAGGACUCUCUCCUCAACCGCUCAAACCACAAUCGAGAUUGACUCUCUAUACGAAGGCGUUGACUUUUACUCCACCAUCACCAGAGCCAGAUUCGAAGAGCUCAACAUGGAUCUUUUCAGAAAAUGCAUGGAGCCAGUUGAGAAGUGUUUGAGAGACGCAAAAAUGGACAAAAGCUCGAUCCAUGAUGUUGUUUUGGUCGGCGGGUCAACCCGUAUUCCCAAAGUUCAACAGCUGUUGCAGGAUUUCUUCAAUGGAAAGGAGCUUUGCAAGAGCAUCAACCCAGAUGAGGCUGUUGCUUAUGGAGCUGCGGUUCAAGCUGCUAUCUUGAGUGGUGAGGGUAAUGAGAAGGUUCAGGACUUGCUUCUUUUGGAUGUGACUCCUCUUUCUCUUGGUUUGGAGACUGCUGGAGGUGUGAUGACUGUACUUAUCCCGAGAAACACAACAAUCCCAACGAAGAAGGAACAGGUGUUCUCCACCUACUCGGACAACCAGCCUGGAGUGUUGAUCCAGGUGUACGAAGGUGAGAGGACAAGGACACGUGACAACAACUUGUUGGGGAAAUUUGAACUCUCCGGAAUCCCUCCCGCACCACGUGGUGUACCCCAGAUUACCGUUUGCUUCGAUAUUGACGCGAAUGGUAUUCUGAAUGUCUCUGCUGAGGACAAGACCACCGGUCAAAAGAACAAGAUUACUAUCACCAACGACAAGGGAAGACUAUCCAAGGAGGAGAUUGAGAAGAUGGUUCAGGAAGCGGAGAAGUAUAAGUCUGAAGAUGAGGAGCACAAGAAGAAGGUGGAGGCGAAGAAUGCUUUGGAGAAUUAUGCUUACAACAUGAGGAACACAGUGAAGGAUGAGAAAAUUGGUGAGAAGUUGACUCCAGGUGACAAGAAGAAGAUUGAGGAUGCGAUUGAUGAGGCGAUUGCUUGGUUGGAUACCAACCAGUUGGCUGAGGCGGAUGAGUUUGAGGAUAAGAUGAAGGAGCUUGAGAACGUGUGCAACCCGAUCAUUGCGAAGAUGUAUCAAGGUGGAGCAGGUGAUGCUGCUGGUGGUAUGGAUGAGGAUCCCGCACCUUCUGGUGGCGGUGCUGGCCCUAAGAUCGAGGAGGUCGACUAAGUCUAGUAAUUUUGUCGACGUCUCCUUGGUUUUUUUUUUUUUUUUUUUUUUUUUAUUUUUAUGAAAUUAUAUUUUCUUUAGUUUUGGUUCUGUGGUGAUGAUACUUUAAGACAAUUUUAUGUUUGGUAAUUCUGGUGGUACCUCUUUUUUAUCGGGGGUGAAUUUUGGAUUUUUAUGGAUUUUCUAUAUUUCCAGUAA